GGUCCCGCCGUGCCUCCCGUGGUGCCCCGCGCGGCAUGGAGGGGCGCGUGGCGGAGCGGCUGCGUGGCGCCCUGGGCCCCCGCGGCUUCGAGGUGCACGGCUUCAAGGUACCGGGGCGUCCAGGUGCCGGGGCUUCGAGGUUGGAUGGUACAAUGCUGUUCUCCAGCCAGCCUUUCAUCUCCCCUACCCAGAUGAUACCUUGGCCUUCGUGGUCCUCAGCACCCCUUCAAUGUUUGACAAAGCCCUUAAACCUUUUGUGAAAAAAGAACGGUUAAAGAUAAUCAGGGAUCCUGUGGAUCAGUGUGUUUGUCAUCACUUAUCAUCUGUGAAGGAGAAAUUUCCUGACCAGAAGGUGGACAUCAUCUUUGAUUAUGAGAUCCUGCCAAACCGAAAGCCCAAGUUCUUGGCACAGACAGCUGCCCACGUCGCUGGAGCUGCAUUUUACUACCAAAGGAAGGAUGUGAAGUUUGAUCCUUGGGGAAAAAAGAAGAUCUACGGUGUAUGUAUCCAUCCCAAGUAUGGAGGCUGGUUUGCUAUCCGCGGUCUCCUCGUGUUCCCAGAUAUUCAGGUCCCAUUCCUGGAGCAGCCUGCCCCUGUUGACUGUGUGAGCUCAGAGGAAAAAAGAAUUGAGUUGCUGGAGCAAUUCAGCUUCCACUGGCAGGAUGGCCGCUACAGGGACAUCAUUGAAGUGAAGGAGAAGUACUCGGAGGAGCAAAAAGCCUACUUUGCCACCCCUCCAGCAGAGAGAUUCAGGCUGCUGGGGCUGACACAGGAAGCCCAGAGGAGCACAUUUCACUGAGUAACAAGGCUCCAUGGAGGAGUGGAGGGCAAGCCAAGUGCCUCUCAUCAGCACCUUUUCCACAGCGCUGAGGAGGGUGUGCAAAUACAGAUGGCAAAUCCAAGCAGCAUGUGCAGCGUCUCCGUCCCAACAUCAGCUCCCCAGAGCAAGAGGGAGCACUGACUGCAUCAUAGCACCUGGGGUCUGGAGGAGGGCAGGAGCAGACCUUUCAGUGCUGUUGCUGGUUUGGUGUGUCUUUUGGGGAGUCUGGUAACACUAGCCCUGGGUUGGAAAAAUUCAGACACCCUGGCAAAACCUCUGCUGCUCAUUAGAGAAGUCAUUUUUGUUCUCAAGAGUUUUCUUUCCAAUUGUUUUGGUUUUGUUCCAUGUAAGAGUAAGAAAAAGUUAAUCUUCAGUCAUUGUACUCCAAAAUAGUUUUUUCAUCUCAACUCAGGGCAUACAUUUUUUUAGAUGUAUCCAGCUUUUUAUUACUCCGAUAUAACUCUCCCUAGGGAGUAAGUGUUCAGUCUCUUCAGUUUUGCCUUCUUCAGAAAGAAAAUUUGCCCUGUAUUCCUUCACUUGCGGUCAAGCUGGCUUAAUUUAAUUAAGAACUUUUGUAAUGUCUCCUUUCCUUAACAUCCCAAAGAAAAUUCUCCAGAGUAGUGUGGUCCUGUAUGGGGAGCAGGAGUGAGGAAAACACAGCCACCAGCAGCUGCCUCCUUCAGGGUAGUUAUGAAAGGGAAAGGGACAAUACAAAGGUCACAGCUGGUACAUUUCCUCUUCACCCAGGGUGAGUUUCUCAGAACAAGGUGACAUCUUCAGAUUAAUUUGAAACACUCAUUCUGUAGAGCAGGUGGCUAAAAUCUUCAGAAUGGUGCCAAGUAACGUCUGUGUGAAUGGAGCUUUUACUCAUAUUAAGAUAACUGACUGAAAAAGUCAGACCUCAUGACCUUUUUCUAAGGUAGAUGAGGUUUGGAUUUAAAAUAUUUUUCAGUGCUGUGCCAGCACCCCACACACACUUCAGCUUUACCACCAUAAUUUCCUGUUGUACUUUCCACAUGGGGGAGAUCAUAAACCUGCAGAUACAUAAAAACCAUUGCAUGAAGCAUUGUCACAGGCAUAGGCAACUGCACAGAGAAACAAAGAGAGAAAACAUUCAUAUUCAUGUUACUUAUAUUGCUGGAUAAAACACCUUCAGACAGAAACAUAGCAUUCUGUUUAGAUCACUUUGUCCUGUUAGAUUUGUUCAUAGGUUACAGUGGCACUGGGAAUCAGGAAUUAAUUUAUUUUAAAGCCAUUGGAGGCUCAGGAAUCAUAAUAAUAUAACAAAUUAUUAUAAUAUUUUGUGUGAGUUUUGUUACUUGACUGCAGCAUGAUGCUGUGAAUCACCAAGCACUUUUUCCCUUUCCUAGGUAUCAACAUGAUGAUGCAAGGAUACUCACUUUGCAGAACUGAGCCCUUUUGUCUUCUUUUGUAUUGUGAUUCUUCAUACAUUUUGGAGACCCAAACACUAAGGUUGCCCUCACAGCAAGUCACUGCUUGAUACAGUUUUUUCGUAGUCUGUAUACUAAAGAGAAUCAAAAUUCAGCAUAACAAUUUUCCUGUCAACAGAGUAGUCAGCAUGUGGCUGCUGGGUUUGUUCAGUGUAUUUGCUGUUACAAAACAGUCUUUGUUGCUUCCCAUGCUUUGUUCAGCACAUCUGACUAAAGCAGCCACCUGCCUUCCUCUGUGACAAUGGUAUAGUGAUUUCUUCAAUUUAAGCAAAAUAAUGGAAUUUGUUUCAAUUCUGUUCUUCUGUUACAGAAUUACUUCUUGGUUACGUCGUCAGUUGACCUUUCCAACUGAACUUAACAGUUCAUAUUAGCAAAUAUACAAAAUACUGAUUCUCUUAGAAGGAUAAUUACAGAAUUAAAUCAGAUUUCUAUUUUUACAUUACAAUUUAAAAGUCAAAUAUUUUGGUACUUUGGGGUUGAUUUCUUCUAAAUAUUUAACAUUUUGUCUUAGUUCAUUUAUCAAACAGAUUAUCACAGCCAUUUCAUUUAAAUGUUUGUAAUUUAUUUAUCUUCACAUGGUAUUUUGAUUAAUAAAAUAUACAAAAUUAUUAGUA